CUAAUCUGUCUGUCUAUCUAUCUGGUUUUAUUUUUAUCUAUCGCAUUUGGACGCGACGAGACUGCGACUAACUAGACUACGAUUGCUACCAUCUGAUUACUAUCCCGCUACCCUACCCCACAUAUCAUACUACUGUCAGUAUCUAAACUAGAGCUCUUGACCGACCGACUGACAGGCUCUGUUUUUUCUUUUUCCUUUCGCACAUAUCCCUCCUCUUCCCCUCACAAUCCUUCUCUCAGUAACACUCCUCUCUGUGUGUCGGUGUCAGGAUGUAUCCAGAAGAAUUCCUUUCCGAUCCGCCUUCUACGGGCUCUGCGCCCUGGAAGCUGGCUUUUCGCUCCUCCAGGGCAUUUGUGAUUUCGGUGGUGGCUAUUGCGGUCUUCACGGAUGUGUUCAUUUAUGGAAUGAUUGUGCCCAUCUUGCCAAUUGUGCUUAAAACACGCGUGAUCGUACCGGAAGAUGAGUUGCAAAAAUGGAUGUCAAUCAUGCUGGCUGCCUUUGGCGGUGGUAUAUUCUUCGGAUCCCCAAUAUUCGGUUACUUCGCGGACAGAAGCUCAUCGCGCCAGCUACCUUUCCUCAUUGGACUACUCGCGCUCGCCGGGACGACUAUCGUGUUCUGGUUCGCAGAAACAGUCUCGUCCUUGGUCAUUGCGCGCAGUCUCCAAGGGUUGUCAGCUGCCGUGGUCUGGACUGUCGGUUUGGCUCUCGUCGUCGAUACGGUAGGCAAGGAUCAGGUGGGAGCUGCAAUGGGAUAUGUCUCGAUGGCACUGACCGUGGGGACGGUGUUUGGCCCAUUUAUCGGAGGGAUCAUGCUGUCGCGAGUGGGCUAUCAUGCAGUGUUUGUAUUGGCAAUUGGGUUGAUCGUGCUGGAUAUCUGUCUUCGACUUGUGAUGGUCGAACCCAAGAAUGCUGCGCAAUGGAUUCAGUCAGGCAGUGGCGGAGAGACACAAGGUCUGCUAAACGAAGCUGGUGCGCACGGCACUGGGUACAAUGCAAUUACGGCGAAUGAUAGCGCAGGUCAGACAUCUGGCAUCGCUGAUGAGUGUCCAUCCCAGGACAGCGGCGAGCCACUGACCAGCGGGAGGUCAACCUCUGUACCUGGGAUUGUUCGCCUGAUUUUCUCAGGCAAGUUGCUCGUCGUUCUUUUGGCGACGGUGGUGGAUGCUAUCAUCUGGUCCGCUUUUGAUACGGUGCUCCCACUGUAUGUCAUGAAAACGUUCGGCUGGGGAUCAUUCGAAAUCGGGCUGUGUUUCCUACCGCUCUUUGCGCCUUCUUUCCUCUCCCCAUGGAUUGGUGAUGCAGUGGACCGUUGGGGAGCACCCCGGGUAGCCUUUGUUGGCUUCCUGCUCGAUUUUCCAACAUUGUUGCUCUUCCAGCUUGUCGCACGCAACACGACCCAGGACCAAGUUCUUCUCUAUGCUUUCCUCUUCCUCGCAGGUGUCGCUUCGACUUUGCAGAUGGUCUCCCUGAUGACGGAGGUCAACAACGUGACGGAGCGGUACGAGCGGGAAUUUCCCGGUAUCUUCGGACAUCAAGGAGGAACUGCACAAGCGUACGGGCUUUUCAAUGUAGCCUGGUCGGGCGGGCAGGUACUGGGGCCCUUGGUAGCGGGUCUGCUAGUCGAACGAGCCGGCUGGACGACAAUGGUGACGGUGUUGGGGGCAGUCAGCGGAGGCAUUUCCGUGGUUAUCGCGCUCUCGGAUCGAAGGGUUCUGCCGGGGAGGGAGAAGAAGUAAGGCUGGACUGGACGUAGAUUGAUGAGUUACGAUGCUAAGGCUGUGUUGAUGAGUAUACACGAUAAGUAACGAUUGAUGGAUU